AUGCUAACAGUUGAUGAUAAUGUUGAAACGAUAUCGCUGAGUAGUAUUGACACACGAUCGAAAUUAUUCGAUACUAAAAGCGACUGGAUUUUGCUGAAUGUCGGUGGAAGACAUUUCUUAACGACACGGUCAACCCUGCUGAAAGAAGAGUCCUUUCUUGGUCGUUUAUGUCAGUCAAAUUCCGAUUUGAAAACUGAUUUAGAUGACAAAGGUGGCUUCUUAAUUGAUCGUGAUCCAGAUUAUUUCAAUGUCGUUCUGAACUAUCUUCGUCAUGGAAAAUUAAUUCUGGAAAACAAUCUUGUCGAGGAAGGCGUCUUGGAAGAAGCAGAAUUUUAUAACAUUCAGACGUUAAUUGAACUCGUCAAAGAACGAAUUCGUGAACGAGAUAAACGAAAAGCUGAUGAUGGAACAACAAACCGUGUGUAUCGUGUAAUGCAAUGCAAAGAGAAGGAAAUUACACAUCUGAUGUCUUCAUUAACUGACGGUUGGAAAUUUGAACAGCUUAUUGGCCACUCGCCUGUUGGGUCAAGUUAUAUCUAUCCCGAGGGUGAAUUUUUGUGUAUAGUUUCCAAACAGUACGAUCGAAACGUACGAGAAGAGAACAGUAGUUGUUUAUCACCUCGAGUAAAAAUUUUGCAAGAACGUGGUUCAAGAAUGUAA